UAGGCUGACGGCCCGCAUUCAUCGGCCGCAAUGCGUUCAUCGUAUGUUGAGUUGGUCAUGUUAUUAGCCAAGUUGGCAGCACCGGAUAAAAGAAUACCGUGCACGAACGAUAACUGCGAGGUACCCAUUGUAUCUGCCCGCUAACGUUGGCAGACGGCUGUGAUAUUCCAUAGGAAACGAGCAGCAUUCGACCUGAACAAGUGAAGUGUAAACGGUGCAAUUAGUUCUUCGCAAAAUUUUGUUGUUAUAGCUAUUAAUUUUUUGAGGCAAUGAAGUUUCUUCAUCUGCUACUAGCCGCUCUGGCAGUGGCAGCUGUUCGCGCCACAGAUGAUGAAUCCGCCGAGCAGGUUGAGACAAUUGAGGACGUGUUGCCAGCAGAUCCGCUCUUGGAAAAGCAUCCCGGGGCCGAUACGCAUGUUCUGUUUACAAAACCCGGAGGAGUGCGCCUUAUUUCAGGCCAGGAUGCUCAGAUACUCGUAGGAUUCAUUAAUCGUGCUUCUGACGAUCUGUUUCUCGAUACGCUGCACGCGUCGUUUCGUCUCGCCGGCGACUAUAACUCUGUCAUCCAAAAUCUCUCAGUAAUUGACUAUUCUCGCAAGUUGUCAGAAGGCCAAGAAGCUUCGCUCUUUUAUCAGUUCCAUGUGGAUAAUGUCUUGAGUGGGAUGCCGGUUGGUCUUGAGGUGUCACUGACCUAUCAUGACAUCGGUGGGCGCCACUAUCGUCAAGCCGUCUUCAACUCGACGUUGACAGUUGAAGAGCCCGAGGUUACAUUUGACGCAGAGACUUUCUUCUUGUAUGUUUUCCUAGCAAGCUGUGUUGUGUUAGGUUUGUUCCUCCUUGCGCAGUGCAUGUCAAGCAGCAAAAAGGGCGCAGGCAGAACUGAGACUGGAACCAAGGAUGGUGACGUUGACUAUGCUUGGCUUCCGCAAAGCGUUCUAAAGCAGGGUGGAUCGAAACCUAACAGCCCAAAGCAGCGGAAGCCGAAAAACGCAUAAUUAUAUUACAUAUGACACGACGUAGAACAAAAGGAAAAAGUGGUAAGCAGGAACAAACAACUCGUAUAUAAAAGAAAGACUAUUCGGCUAAUUACCAACAGGUAUAAAUCAUUGGUAUAUGCAGGUGUU